AUGUCGGGAUAUAGCAGAACGUCCAAGGCCAAAUUUAUUUCUUUGAUGUCGACUCCGACCGAAAAGGCUGCUGCAAUGCGUGCUGCCAAGCUGAAGAGGCGUGUGGAGGCCGCCGCUACUCCUGAAUCUGCUCCUGAAUCUGCUCCGAGACCUUCCCGACAAUCCAAGGCCACAGCACUGAAAAAUCAAGUUUGGAUGUCAGAAAAGAAGACACGAAAGCGGGCCACAUCGAGCACGGCUGAGCCUGAUCACGCCAAGCAGGCACGAACUUCGAACAGACAGAAGAGCAGUGUUACACGGCCAGCGGCGCAACUUUUUGAGUCUGACUCAGACGACUUCAAGGUUGAUGGAAGUGAUGGUGCCUCAUCUGAUUUUGGAGCCGAGUCCGACGACAAAGAAUCAGAUGAUGAUAGUAUUUUGGGACUCAUUGGCGACAAGCUGAAGGCCACUCUUGACUAUGAGCGUCCUCAAUUUACUCUACAUAAUGACAACAGCAGUGUUGCUUCGACAUUCAGCUCAAUGCCAAGUACAUCACCGGUUUCUGAUGACAACGCCAUUGAUCAAAUGUUCAAAUCCAUCAAAUUCUCGCAGAUUCACGCAAGUUGUAUCAGAUUUCAUCCGAUUUGAGAACGAGGUUUUCCCUGAUGUGUUUUGGUCUAGUCUCAUUUGUCUUCGCUGUCCUUCUUUCUCCCUGCACCUCGAAACUGAUCUUGACA